GCGCGAGCCAGCGACCGAUGGCGACGACCGCCAAGAUGUGCCUGCGAAGUUACGUGGUGCCGCCGUGCCGUCCUUGAUCCGCGUCGUGCGUCCCCCCCGCGCGCGUGGGCCCUGUCGCUUUUCCGCGCCUUUUUCCGUCCCUACGAGACGCGGCGACGACGACGACGACGACGACGACGACGACGACGAGGUCGUCAACGUCAACAACGACACGUUCCGCCGCCGUCGUCGAGUGCGUGCCGCGAAUCGUCGCGCGUGAAUGCGUGUGCCCGUCGGUGUGUGCCUGGCGGUGUGGUGGUGCGGUGUGCUCCGUGUCGAAGAAGUGCCGACCAGAUCACGGUGGAUCAUCCGUCUGUACCGAGCGAGGGGGAAGAGAGAUAUGCGUAUAUAGUUCACGGCGAAUCGCGGCGAGCACGGGAGUUGACACCUCCUCCUCCGCGUGAGAGAGUAUGGGUCCGCGGCUACACCGCCGCCGCCGCCGUCAGUCGUCCCCGAGUCGCCAAGGAGCCGCGCUGUCGUCCCGGCGCCGUCAGUAAACACCGACGGAUAUACAGAGUUGGGUCUAACCAUGUCCACUAAGAGGCAUCGCGGGCAAAAAUUAAGCAUAGAUAAUACAAUAGCACAUGAGGGCCGUAAUAGAUAGAAUGAGUUUAUCUCGGCAAAGUUGCUUCAAUGAAAACUCUCCUAGGCCGCCAGUGCCAGCAAGAUCCUGCCAUGUUUCAGGAGAGGAAACUGGAAGCUAUGUUAGCCGGAUCCGUCCACAAAGUCCCGCUCUGACACCAAGACGCUCUUCUUUCGCGACGCCGCAAGCCUCCGGCGGUGGUUGCGAUGUUUCUGCGCCGUUGGGAUUCGAGCCGGAGGGUUGUUGCGGAACCACUACCAUGGAGAGCAAUUCGCCCCCUGCUUACGCACGGUGGGCGAGAAAUCUGCACUCCCUGUUAGAGGAUCCGGUUGGUUUAGAGCUGUUCAAGAGGUACCUAAGUCAGGAGGGGCAUUUGGAUCCGCUCCACUUCUGGUUCGCCUGUGAGGGCCUCAAAGAGCAGAAGGACAGGGAGAAGAUGUCGCAAUUGGUGAAGCUCAUCUACCGGAGGUUUUUUCUCAAGUCGCAGCUAAGCAUACCGGAGGAUGUGAUGAAGGAGGCAGAUCGGCGGGUCAAGGAGGGCCGCACCGAUCACAAGGUGUUCGACAUCGUGCAGCUGGAGGUCGAGCGGCUGAUCAACGAGACAACGUAUCCCAACUUCCUUCAGUCUGACGUGUACGUGCAGUACGUUCAGUCCUGCCAGAAUCCCGAUUCCGGCGGUUGUCCGAGCUCGAGUUCAGGUAGUCGCGAGAUGUCCAUCUCUUGCGGACCGAGUCUGCUGCCCACCGUGCACGAGGACAGCGAGUACGUCGGCACCGGUUGUAUACACAUGCACAAUUCGCACUCGACCGGCGGAACGCCCGGGGAACUGAGAUUGACCAAAGAUAUGCUAAUGGCCACCCAGCAGAGUAGAGCGAUGGAUCUACGACCGAGGCCGGAAGCGUUCGCCGGCAUUUACUUGCAACAUGGGGCUAGUCCGUAUCACAUGCACGUAUCCAGAUUGCACGCACAAUAUUCCUCCUACAACCCAGUAUCCAGACAGGAUUCCGAGCUUCAGAGUUUGAGCAGUGAUGCACGUACCGAAGUGGACAGUGUGUCCCUCACCGACGGAUCCGUCGAUGGGACGAGCAGCAGACAGAGGUGCAAGAAGCAAUACACCAAGCAAUCUAGCAGGGCAAUUAAAGAGUCCGCCAAUAUAAAUCGCGAAUCCAUGGCGCAUCAUGUCGUCCCACGGACCCAGCGUAUAACGUUACCGAAACAGUGGUCAACGGAACAAUUCGCGGAAAUACUCACGCAGAAAUUGAAGAUAGUGGCGCGAGAGCAGGAGGCCCACGAGAAACUGGAGAAAUGUCUGCAUCCGGAAAACGACGCGAAAUCGAUCGGCAGCGAUACGAUAGAGACGUACGGAGCACCCAAGACUCUGGGCGACGCGCUGAAGGAAAAAUUGUCUAUGGAGGAGGACAGCGAUCAGGCGAUUCUCGACGAGCACGUGUCACGCGUUUGGUCAGAUCAGACACCCUCGAGGUCUCCCAACCGACUCUCGCCCGAAAGAAGGCGUCCCGCGCACAAUUAUCCACGGCCUUACAAACAGAGGAAAGAGAAAGACAUGGAUUCCACGUUCUCGGUGGACAGCGGUAAUAUCCACGACUUCCAAGAGGGUAGCGACCUUGUUGGAGCCGGCUCCAUGAGCUCACUAGGCUCACACUUGCCCAAAUCUAAGUCUGUGCCAUCGGAUUACGGUGAUUUUCUCCACAAGGAUUUGCAUGUCCAAGGCCACGAUCAAAGAUUCCGAAGGUCGGACAUGGCGAGACGAUCAGCCACGAAAAAAUCGAUGACGGAGUUAACAGAUAGUGGGGUAAGUGUAGUCAGCGACGUGCAGCCUUCCGUAAACAAGGAUGUUCGUACGAUUCGGUUCAAAGAAGUGGACAAGAAGAUUGACUUGAAGCACAGUAGUCGUCAUAAGAGAUAUGGCUCGCGUAGCGAGUCCUUGGAAAGGUCGAACAGAGAAACGUGGAGCAUGGGGGUGCCCGCUCAACCGUUCGUUGCUGAUCCGGGAAUGCCACCUCUCACACCACCUCACACGGUUAUACAAUUAGAGGAGACUUGUAGAAGACUACUGGAAGAGAACAAGAUGCGCGCUAGUUGCAAGCAACGACACCUCAGCGUUUCGAAGCAGCCGUACGAGUUGGCGUCGCAAAGUCAGCCGUGCGUUCAAUCCAAUCAGUCCACUUUGAGGAAACCGAAGCAGGACGAUUUCACCACUGUUGUGUUCAGUUUCUGUGACGAGCAGUUCCCUUACAGGACAAAAAUUCCUGGUCACAACGUCACGUUGAAGCAGUUCAAGGAGUACCUUCCGAAGAAAGGGAGCUAUCGAUACUUUUUCAAAACGGAGUGCGAAGACUUAGACACGAAAGUCAUACAAGAGGAGAUAACGGACGACGCCGAGAUUCUGCCACUGUGGGAGGGUAAAGUGAUGGCGCAGGUUAAAGCGCUCGAGUAAUAGACUGAAUAAAAGAAAAACGAAGCCGAGCGCGAAAUGCGCGUAUUCUGACCAAGUGCCGCAAUAAAUAUUAUUUAAGAGAUCCGCCAUUAAGCCGGCAAGCCGACACGCGCUCGGUGUUUAUAAAUAUAUACAUAUUAACGCUUGUCACGCGGCCUCUUUCUCAUAAUUGCCUAAGAAAGUAGUUUUAAUUGAUGAAAAAGAUAAAAUAUCGAGUCGAGCAAUAUUGUUUCGCGCGUGUGAACGUUGCGGAAAAAUAAGAAAUGAACGGCCUCACACACACAUACACACACACACACACACACAUCAAAUUCUGUCGGUCAAAUAUCGAAGAAGCCCCGUAGGCUUUGUAUACAUUGUAAGUGCAGUAGCUAUUUUCGUUGGGUUUCCGCUCAAAUAUUUUUUAAUCAGAUUUAAUUGGAAGUGUCAUUUCAUCGGUUAUGUUAAAGUCUCGAACGCUACUUUCUCCAGUGAUUUUUUAAGAGUAUUUUAUCGUAUAGGAAUCGCACUGUUUCCUAUCCUCACUGAUAAGGUAAACACCAUAAAAAUAAUAUAGAUAAACCGAGACAAUAUGAUAUAGACAUGCAAUGUAAAUUUGAUGGUUGGCACGUGCGAGAGAGAAAGAGAGAGAAAACUAAGAAAAUCUCUGUUAAAAAGAGAGAAGAGAAUUCGGUUAUUGUAAUCUCAUACGCCGGCCAUGUGUCGUGCGACAUGUCUAUCUGUAUAUACUAUUUCAAUAGUAUAAAUUAAAAAACUAUUUGAGCGGAAAUCAAAUCAGAGCAAGACCCACAGCCGUGCUCAUCUUAUUUUUCUCAAUACGAUUUUGAUUUUUCAUCAUAUUUUACUCUUCAUCAUUUAUAUUAUAUACUUUUACAUUUAUCUUCAGGGCAGAGAGAGAAAAGGGAAAAACGGCGUUUUUUUUAUUUGAGAUUAUUUUGUCAACGAAUUUACACGGCGGACAGCUCGCGCGACAGCGCUAUUGUACAUAAUUAGUACGUUACGAUUUUUGACGACUGCUAUGCGUUUUGUCGGUACGGUUUUUGCCAGAUGGAAUUGUUAUAAUUUCGCCUGGUGUCAUUUUCACGGGACAGUUCGGGCGAGAACGGCAACACAACAUCGGAAAUAUCGAAAACAUUGUGACCGACUAAACAAUUUCUUCCUCUCGAAGACUUCCCAUAGUUCUCCACACGACUGUACAAAGGUCCGCGUAGUUUGAUCGCCUUAGUAAAGGUCUGCGUAGGCACUAGACUUACAUAGAAGACGAUAAUUAUUACAAACUAGCAUCUAAGGAAAUAUAUUACGUAUAUUUCAUGUAAAUGCGAGAGAGUCGCAUUUUGUCUCGUACACGAUAUAUGUAAUAUAUUUUACAUAUGCGCGAUACAACAUGAAAUUGUGAAAAGAAAUUGUGAAUCAUGUUUUUUUUUCCUCCGUUGUGCCACUACCGUCACCGUUGCAUCAACGUCAUCCAUUCAAUAUUGUGAAAUAAGCUCACCAAGCGUAGCCUCAUCAUGGUGUAAAGAAUUUCUUUCGGUGUUUCUUUCCACCAUGCGUAGCCUAAUACACGGGGCGAUGUAUUUAUAGUAUAUUUGUGUGUCAACACGCAGUGUGCGUUGACAUCGGGACGGCAAAACACUGGUGGAGAAAGGAAAAAUCAUUAGCGUUUAGAUUGUAAUAACGUUUGUAUCAGGUGCGAAAAUAUGUGCCUUUUUAGUGCAGUAAGGUCGAAAUAAGUCUAAGAGAGAAGGUUUAAGAGAUAUUUAUAAAUUACAGUACAGGGGCCCACUCCUCAUAGGAAAAACAUUGUGUCGAUUACACAGGCCUGCGAAAUUAAGGGUCCUAAAAGAAACGAGUAGCAGAAUAUUGAUUUUCUACAUAAUCUUGGUCGCUGAAUCCGAAUCCACCAGCGAAAAAUGUCACAUUAGGUUUUUGAGAUAUAUGUGGUAAUAUAAGCCAAAAACAGUUUUUGCCACUUUCAAGGCAAGGUUACUGUGGUUGAACAAAUUAUGUUUUUAAUGUACACUUUAUAAUUCAUCGAAUUUCCGAUUUUUUUACUACUUUUAUUCACAGUACAUAAUCUCAUCGUCGAAAAAUUUCUGUCUUGAAAUCUUCAUAACUCUGCGCAAUAAAAAUUGUACAGGAAUAAACAAAAUCGUUAUUUAAAGGUAAAAGAUAUUUAUGAUGUCGCUAAGAGGAUAUUCUUUCAGCGGCGCUGGUGGAUUUUAACAACAAAAAUGACAUAGGAAGUCACUAUUUUGCCACUUGUUUCUUUUAGGAUCUCUAAUUUCGCAGGUCUACGUUAUUAAAUCCCGUUAAAAUUAUAUCCACGUCGAUUUAUUGGCGAAAAUAUCAAGUUUUGCUUCCUUUUUUUUUACUCAUCCUCGUCUAUCGAAAUCGUUCUAUCAAAAUUUGUUCUUUACUUGUCAUCUCUAUUUAUUUCAGGUAUAAAAACUUGAAUUGUUAAAAUUUUAAUUUUUACAUGCGUUAAAUUGUGUGAGGGGACUUAACGUCUCGCGUUAAAAUGUUCGAUCGUAUAUAUUCCAGGAGUUACAAAAUGACAAUGAAGAAAAUCACGUUUUUUUUAAAUUGAUGUAUAGCGUUUGAUCUCGAAUCGCUCUUAAAGUUUGCUGAACCGCGGAAGUCUGGCAAAUUUUUAAAACGGACUUCUAUCAAAAAUAAUUUGGGGAUCCCUGGAAUAUUCUAAUAAAGAUCACAAUAGUAUAAAAAUGUACCUAAUCUAUUGUUUCGUCUCUUUGUAAUUUGUAAGAGAAAGAAACUGUAUAAAAACGAGAGAUCUUUUAUUGAAGAAAAAAAAAGGAAUAAAACUCGAGACUGGAGGGAUUAAAUUAUAACACAAUUGUUACAUUGUACAAUGUAAACUUGAGAAAAAAUGUCGGAUGGCCCAUGAUCGAUGGUUUGAUUUUAUAAUUUGCCGGAAACUCGCUUCCUACGCGUGAUCCCCGUGGGAAAAUCGAUAUAUAUAUAUUUAAAAAAAAAAAAUAGGAACGACAUGUGGACAGUUUAUUUGAAAAUUCGAUCGUGUCUCCGCAAAUCGAUAUAUUGAAGGCGACGUGUACGAUCGAUGACAAUUUUUAAUUGUACGUAAAUGAUCAUUAUCGAUUAAUAUCACGAAUGUUAAAGUGUUCCUGUACCUAAUUAAUUAAUAACGAUUAUUAUUGUAUAUCAAAAAUAUUGAGAAUAAUAACGCGAUUUUCACUGGAUCGAAUAAA